AAUGCAGAAUUAUAUACUAUUGUGUGGAGGUUGUAUGUUUUCACGAGGUAAAACAGGAAGGGUAAAUUUGCAAGCAGAGUGCCAGAAAUCAAGGAGCUACAAGUUUACUGAUGAAUACUUGCCACAUUUUCAAGGUGGUAUCUGCCCUGCACCCAGGAUCUGAAAGCAAUCUAAACAAUAAGAAAAGGUCAGUAGGUCAGGAAAAGGACAAGCCAUCACUCAUGUUCAGUACCAAGUAUUUUAAGCUAGAGCACCAUACCAGUAGUGAUUGCCUUGGAUAUGGAGCCAGACUGUGUACUGGGCAAAACUUGGCAAUGGCAGAGUUGUAGGUGGUUCUUGCAUGCCUGCUGACCAAAUUCUCAUUCUCAAUGUCACCCGGGUAUCAACACACACCGUCAUUUCGGUUGGCCAUUGAGCCUGAGUUCGGCAUGACCCUCACAGUAACAAGGCUGUCAUGAUCUCUGUUUUCCUGAUGACAAAGUGCUUCCUCUAUGUGAACUAAACUUGUACAGCAGUGGCUCCUGUUAAUUCAGGGAGACUUACCCCUUUGGUGCCUUGGGGCUCAUCAACUGUGCUGCAGUGGAAGUGAUCACAAGCCCGCAGCAUCCCACCAUCACCACCUAAUGCAUCCUCAAUGAUACCUGGCUCUGCCACUGUUUAUUUAAAGUUCCUCUUGUUUUAUUCUAUAGUGCCUUCAUGACUUCUUGUGAUGAAUUGAAUCACAUAUUUUUCCUACAGUUUUCUGAGCUCCGGAAAGCAUGUAAUGGUAUUUGAUACCUUCUAUUUCUCAAUUGUGCAAUGCUUAUACGCGUAAAGAUUCAAGGUGCCUCCAGCUUGUGUUCUUUUAAGACAGGGUAGCAUCCAUUGGUGGCUGUCUGACUGCUGAGAAUGCAGCAUGUCUGGAGUGGAACUGAAGACUGGCUCAUAUAUUUUUGUCAGGGGAAACAUAGAGGGCAUAUUUCGAGUAGAUUGGCAGAAAACAAUGGUUUAGAAGCAGCCUAUAAAAAAAGUGCAAAGGUCAAACAAGACUCGAAUGCUCGGGAUCUUAAAGAAAUAUAAAGGUAUGCCUAAGAUCAGAGAACAUAAGGAAGAAGCUGAAGCGGCAAGGCAUAAAGGGUCCCGAGCCUACUGUGCUCUAUGGCAACACCAGAGAGAUGAAGAGGAUCAAGGAAGGGCUAAAGAUUGUGCAGACGCAAGACGCCAACAACUACUUGUCCUCUGUAUUCCCUUACCUCCUUCUCUGGAGGGAAACUUAUGGCCCGGUGUUCAUAUACUCAACAGGAGCUCUAGAGAUACUGCAUGUUUCUGAUCCAGAAAUGGUGAAGGACAUUGGUCACCGCACGCCAUCAGAGCUGGGGAAGCCUAAUUAUCUAAAAAGAUCUCGCAAAGCCUUAUUUGGUGGAGGUUUGUUUACAUUGAAUGGUAAUGACUGGGCCUAUCAGAGGAAGCUCAUUGCGCCGGAGUUCUUCAUGGAUAAGAUUAAGGGUAUGAUAGAGCUGGUUGAGGAUGCUACUGCUCCGUUGUUGGAAUCAUGGGAGAGUUUGCUCGACAAUGUAGGAGGGAGUAGGGAGAUAGUUGUCGACGAUUACUUGCGGAAGUUGUCAGCAGAUGUAAUCGCCAGGGUUUGUUUUGGGAGUAGUUUCACAAGAGGAGAAGAGAUAUUUUGCAAGCUUAGGCAGCUUCAAAAGACAGUUUCUCAGCAAGAUGCCCUGGUGGGACUCUCUGCGUUUUGGAAGUACCUACCUACCAGGGCUAACCGAGAAAUAAGAAAGUUGGAGGAGGAAGUUCGCUUACUGAUCCUGGAUGUCAUAAAGGAACACAAUAACAGCGUGGACAACGACCUUCUUCGCGUCAUUAUUGAUGGUGCACAAGGUCGGCAACUGCAGGGGCAUGAUGCCGAGGACUUCAUCAUCGGCAACUGCAAGGGCAUGUACUUUGCUGGGCAUGGGACCACAGCAGUCACCCUCAUUUGGUGCCUGAUGUCACUGUCCACACACCCUGAAUGGCAGGAAUGCGCCCGAGCUGAGGCAGUAGAGGUCUGCCAGGGAGGAGCAACGCUCGAUGUCGACGCUCUCCGCCGACUCAAAAUUAUCACGAUGGUGAUCCAGGAGACUCUCCGGCUGUAUCCUCCGGCGUCGCUGAUGAUGCGCGAAGCCCUGACGGACGUCAAGAUUGGCGGCCUGGACGUCCCCGGCGGAACAAUUAUCCAGGUGGCCAGAUCGAUGCUGCACCAGGACAAGGAUGCCUGGGGUCCGGAUGCCGCCGAGUUCCGUCCAGACCGGUUCGCCAACGGCGUGGCUGCGGCGUGCAGGCCGGCACACAUGUACAUGCCGUUCGGACACGGGCCCCGGACCUGCAUCGGGCAGAACCUGGCGAUGGUUGAGCUGAAGGUGGUGCUGGCGCGACUGCUGAGCAGGUUCGCCUUCGUGCCGUCGCCCAGGUACCGGCACGCGCCGGUAUUCCGGCUGACCAUUGAGCCUGGCUUCGGCAUGCCCCUGGUGGUGACAAGGCUGUGAUGAUCAGAGCAUGGUUCGCGUGUGGCCUGUGUCUAUCAAUGUCGCAGUGCUUAUAGCUUAUUGGAUGCGUCUUUGGUUGCAAAGUUAAUCAGCGAUACAUUUUGGUAGCAAGAUAGAAGACCCUGCUCCUGCUGUAACCAGAUAGAAGAUGAGCUUGUUACUAUUAGUGAUCUGCUUGCAAGAAGCAAGUACAAUACAUAUUCUAUAAUCUAUAUAUACAUAUUCUGUUGGUGUUA